AUCUGAUUUAGCUCUGACGAGGCGAGGGAGCGUGAGGCCGCAAGUGUCUUCGCUUCCGUGCAUUAAUUAGGUAGUUUAAGAUACUAUAACCAUUUUUGGUGAAAACUACACAUCAUUAAUUUUCGAAAAAAUCAUGAAUGUCAACACGCGAUUCAUUUGCGCUGAUCCGGUGUUGCUGCAGCCUGCGGGGAUCCAAGAUCAUCAAUACAGCAGGCACGGUUUGGACGAGGCGACGUACGUUCCGUCACAGUCGUCGACCGCGGGCGAAAAAGCGCGGCCAUCCCGAAACAGAGAUCGAAAGAAAGUGGGGAGAAAUAACGGUUUGGCACCUUUUUUCACGGUUCUGAGAGAUGAACUUACUAGGGUGUUACAACUGGAGCAGGAUGAACAUGGAGCGACCCGACAAAAGUUGCAGAAACUCGGGAGACGUAGACCCGUUCGAGAGCUGCACAACAGGUUAUCAAGGCGCAGUACGCGAGCGCGCAGCUGCUCGACGCAGAAUCGACGGUCGCGACGACUAGUUGCACGGUUGCUCUUGCUUUUAGCGUCUGCGCAAGCUGCACAAGGUCUAGAAGUGGAAAUAGACCCGGGCGCAGCCGUCGAUGCGAAUCUGCAGGCGGGGGCAGCGCGAUCUACAGAAGGGGAUACGGCGAAUGCUAUACUAGGAUCGGCGGCAAAAGACCUGGAGGACGGCGACCAAGAUGAAGACGAUCCAGAGGAACCAGAUAUAGCGGCAUUGGUUCACGACUGGCUGCACAGCAUCGGGUUAGCCCUGUUUGAAAUGAUUUGUUGCAGAAGUACAUGUAGAAACUACUAUCUGUGUACUAGCUGUUAUUUAUAUAUGCGCUACCAUGCACUUUUAAAAAUCAAUUUCACCAUGAUCGUGUACAUUGUUGUCGAGCUAUAAUCGUGCAUACCAGAUUUGAAGCAGACAGCUACGGCAGAACACAUAAUAUGCUAGAGGACGGCCAUCACAACGUGGUUUAUGGAAACAUGAAGCCGGGUUGUCGAGCACAGAAAUACAGGGCACCGCACACUUUUCCAGAAGACCACUGGUUACUGAUGCUUCUCGGAACCGUUUGGGGUAUUACAGAUACUGGAUUUUGUAAUUCCAAAUUUAAAUGGAAAAUCCUGUACUUGUACUUUCUCACGUGCUGUUGAUUUUUGCAAGUAGGUUGUACGCAAUCGUUGUAGACCAUUGUUCUGGCGCGGUAUCACGCAGAUGUUGCAGGGGUUUCGCGAUAGCCGGAAUGCCGUCUGCUAUUCCAUUCUUUGUGAUCUCUUCCAUCUAUUCCCUUCAGGUUUUGUGGGCUUUAUGCUUCUGUUGAUAGUUUUUCUAGCGCAGAAGAUCUACGAAAUUGGUCUGUACGGACGAGGAGUAAGUCUUCAAAAAAUGAAGUUUCGGGAACAGCAUAGAUUGAAGAGUGGGAUUUUGAAUAUCUUUCUAGUCGCAACUCCAGUCCUAGUCGCGUUCUGCUUCCGGGAGUGGGUACUCACUUGACGUGUGUUACAUAUGUGAUCUGACUUUCAGUUGCUAACGUACGUUAUGGCUGGUAAUUCCUGUAUUACUAUCAUAAUAUUCUAGCUCCCAUAAUUUCGUUCAUCAGUUCUUGAGUUCAGCGUGGUUUUUUACUUUCACUUUCAUAUUGCAUCAGCGCGCGUACGAGGAUUGGCAUGACCGGCGAGAAAUUAUGAUACUAACCGUCAUGCGGCGGGGAUUCAACACGCCAAGCCAUCAAGAGUGGCUAGCCAGUAAUCCUUACAAUUUCCUCGCAGUAGACUGCGCAAAUCUGGAGGUCGAGGAAUUUACAGGAGGGCCGUCAGAUGCAUGGACAUUGCUGCCGCUAGCGUCAUGGGCCCUUGACCACACGUGGAAAAAUCACAAGUAAUCAACAAUUUUAUUUGCCUCUGUUUAUCAUAAAGUAUUAGUUUCUUGUACUCUGAAGGCCUACAUGAUCAUUUGCUGUUGUUCCCGAGUACAUGAUCAGCAACUUUUUCCUCUCAUCUCUGAAGUAUUUUUUUUGACUAUCUAAGGUUAACGAGGUUAUUUCCCGAGUACAUGUGAACAACACCCGAGUACAUGUGAACAACAAUGCAGAUACAGACGGAAUAUUCGCAUACUAUUACACCAAGACUUUUUUCGUUGCAUCAGUUCGAUUUUUUUGUUUGAAAGUUUACAUCAGCGCUAUAAAAUAUCGUAUGCGGAUUCAUCAUUCGCCUCGCUACUUAGGUACGUCUACUGGGCAGACCCUUCGCUAAUCAAUUUACACCGCGAUAUCCACGAAUUGAGCAUUACAGCUCACGAGCACAUGGAUAAAGAGCGGUUGCUAGUUGUAGACGAGCGUGCGGGUCUUUUAUUAUCGACUGGGGCGCUGUCAAGGCACCUGUUGGAUAAAGCGCGCAUACUAUGCAAGAGCCCAGUAGAGCACCCGCUUGUGGCCUUACUCGCCCUCGCAGUUGGCGGCGCUAACUGGUAGUUUUUAUAACCGUCUUUCUAACUUGAAUAUCUUUGCCUAAGAUUGAAUAUGUACCUGAAGAAGGCAAAAGCCUUCAAUUAAUAUGUUGUAGGUGUACCGAUACACAAUCAAUCUUCCUUGCGAUCAGGACCGACGCUGUGAAUCAAGUAGCUCAGAGAGCCCCUGAUGGAGGGUGGGAUUUGCUCCCACUGGACGUUCUGCACGCGAAAGUGUUGCCUCCAGCUGAUGGCAGAAAUGCAACGCGGUUGCCGUCUCUGGACCUGCAGCCGUGGUGUUAAGCACUUCAUUGAAAAGCAUGCCAAAUAAAAGGACCUUCAAGAAGAUGGAUCUACGAGAAACCUAAGUUUAGGAGAGCUUGCGUUGUAGUUUUGCAACGUUUUUAUUAGCUCUUCUUCCGUGCAGAAGAGUCUACCAAAGACUUCAGGUGUGUGUUUUUGCGAAUCACGGACGCCGUGGGCACUUACAUUAUGAACGGUGAAUAGAUGGAUAGAUGAUGGCUCACACAAAUUACUUCUAUUGAAGUAAUAGAAUUUCUUAUGUACAACAAGUGUGGUCGCAUAUUUUUCUUCAAGAAAGAUGUGCCCGAUUUUGUAUACGUGGACGAGAAAUAGCCAAGGAAUAGUAGCUUUGUAUACUUUGCUUAUGGGGAAAUCGCGUAAUAUACCUUUGUUUCAGGAUUCCAGUACUUCACAGACGCUUUUCAUUGACUUCAUCCAAAAAACAUUCACUGUCGUUAUUUCUGCGGCUCGUGCAGAGUUUUUUAGGGGGUAAGAAUUUUGCGUAGGGUUCUGCACAGCAAAUAAUAGUUUUCGGGGAAGUUUGUAGAGUAACAGCUGAAAGAUGAAGUCAAAUACAAGCUUGUGUUGACAACUAGCAGAUAUGCGUCACUUGAGUCAAGCGUGUGUGUUACUCAUGAUUAAGCGAGUCGAAGUGUUACCCAAGUAGGCAACAAAAGAUUUGAACGAGUUGAUGCGUGAUGCGCCCAGUGCUCCGCCAAUCCAUAUUGC